AUGAAUAUACAUAAUUGCAGCAAAACCACGUUUCCAGUAGAAAAUUCUCAUUCUCUUAAUGCUUCUUUGAACGUAAUGAAUUUUAAAGGUUUAAGGUUUAACAAGUAUCUAGUGUAUGAUACUGGGGCCACAAUAUCUGUUGUGAACAAUAAAGAUAUAUUACUGAACGUUAAGGACGCAACAAUUGAAGUUUCUGUUGCUGAUGGUGCUACAUUAGAAGCAGAUUGUGUUGGUGAUCUAAUUAUCAGAGUCGGUAUUGUUUCGAUUACGUUAGAGAAUACAUUGUAUUUACCAGAAAGUUCCUUUAAUCUUGUGAGUUUGAAACAAAUUGAAGAACGAGGAUUUAAUGUUCUUAUUACUAAAGAAUCAGUGAUUGUAUUUAACCAAAAUGUGGCUCCUACUAUUAUUGCUUCAAGGAAGAAUGCUGCUGAUCUUUAUAUGGGUCCUCAAUUCAGUGAAGAAUCUUUAGAAUGUGAUUUUGAUUAUGAUGGUUUGGCAGAUAUGUUGUCCAAUGCUAACCAAGAUGACAAAGAUAAAUCAAGUAUGAAUGGAAUGUCAGAAUAUCAAGAACAUGAUUAUAGUUCUCGAGCAUUAAUAAAUUCUUUGACGGAGGUUGAUGUUUUAGAUGUUGAAAUUUCCCCAUAUGGAGUUGAACAAUUGCUACCAACUGGAGAUAAGAACGAUAUUUAUAAUUUCCAUUUGAUGUCAAAUCAUAUGUCCAUUGAGAAAAUCUUGUUGUUACAAAAAUACCAGGGUCUCGUACUUCACACUUCAAAAGAGAGUCUUCAAAAGAUUGCUGAUUGUAAGGUAUGUCUAUUAUCGAAUGCCAAACAGAGAAGUCACAAUCAUCAUUCAGAAAGAAAAGCCUCGAGAAGACAUGAGAGACUUCAUUGUGAUACUCUCGGUCCAUUUAGGUCCGAAAAUAACAAGUGGUAUUUAACGUCUGUUAUAGACGAACAUACGGGUUACAUUGAAGGAAUUAUUACUAAAGACAGAAAGGUAAAGGAUCUCUUAAUUCAACGAUUAAAGAUCUGGAAUAAUCGGUUUAACGAUAAGGUGGCAUACUUCAGAAGUGAUAAUGCUCCUGAGUUCCCACAACCUUCUGAUUUAGCUGAGUUCGGUAUUUGGAGGGAGACUAUAGCGGCAUAUCUGCCUGAGCUUAAUGGUCUCGCCGAGGUUGUUAAUAAAUUGAUUUUACAACAGAUUUACAGGAUCGUUGUAACACUUGGUCCACAAAUACUCAAGUUGAUUUAUUAUGUGAUUCAAUAUUCUAUUACAAUGAUCAACCACACUCCACGUCGUUCACUCAAGGGACAAACCCCUUAUGGUUGCUAUUAUCAAUUAAGUGAGGGAAAUUUCUACCGGUUUCCUUUUGCCAUCGAUUGUGUCGUUACAUUUAGUAAUGCCAUCGAAAAGAACCGUUACGGAGUUACAUCAACUAAAGGAGCUCCUUCAUCGAUCAUGGGUGCUGUGAUUGGCUACGCUAGCGAUUGUUUUAGUUAUUACGUGUUGCUAAAAAAUAUGCGGUGUGAUAUUAUCCUUAGCCCUAAUGUCCGUAUAUUGCGAAGCUAUGAGGUUAUUAACUCCUAUCUCAAAAACUUAUCCACUACACCUAUGUCACACAUUGUUCCUAUGGCUGAAGGUAUCCAGGGAAGGCAACUGGGCGCUCAGUACGAGGUACGCGGAACAUAUGUGGAAAGUGAAUAUGACAAUACAAAUGACGUGAUGCACAUGCCCAAAGAGUCAUAUUCAGUUCAGCCAGCAUCGUUUACUUUAACUACGGGUAACAGUUCUAACGAAUAUGUUAUAAAUGAUGAUCCAGUACAGAUUACCAUUGAGAAUCCCGAUGAUUCUUCUAACCCUCUUCAACCAACUGAAGAAUCACACGAUAUGGUAUCCGAAGUAAAAUCGGAUGAGAAUCCCAAACCCAGUCUCCACGAGCUAACACCUGGGGAUAAUCCGGUGUCUAAACCUCCUCAACUUGGUACCGAGACUUCAGUAAUAGGGAAGUCUAAAGAGCCUAUUACAAACCACACAAAGGACGCCCCUUCCAUCCAGGGGAGGGACCAUAAACGCCUGGAAUCUACUGCUCAGGUUGGACUAUCACACCAACCCCAGACUGGUACUCCCGCUUCGGAGGAGUCAAAAUUGUCAGGAACAGAUCAUUUCGGUGUCGACGUUGUUAAAGAAACAGUCUCAGAAGAUUGGCAUACUUCUGACUACCCAGAAACUAGUGCUGAAGAUGAACAGCAAAAUCCCUCGUUACUGGCUAAUAAGAAUCGGGUAACUGAAAAAAUAGAUGAGGGAGAAAAUAUUUCAUUUCCGGGGGGUGAUGAUGAUUCUGUCGUGAUCAACUCAAAUGUUGAGCAAUCUAAUGUUGAAACAGAGGAUGCUGGUAACAGUUCAAUUCAAGACGAAGUUUCUCAAGAGGGGAGAAUAGUCAAUGAACAAACAGAUAUAGUUGAUACUGUUGCUAAAGCUAUUGAGAAUGAAGAAAUCUCUCCUAUUAAUUCAUUAGAUGAUCAUACUGAACUUGCUACAGACUCGGGAAAUGAUAGCAAUUCAACAGAAUCCGACAUUCAAUCGAAAAAUGAAAUAUCACCAGUGAUUAAUGAGAAAAAUACUGAAAUAAUCCAAAAACACAUUGAAAGUAUCCUUGUUGAUAAGAGAUUGGAUGAAUUUGAAACGUAUAAUGUUGAUGAAAUCGAAAAUGUGAUUAAUGACGAUGACAUUGCUGAAGCUAAUCCACUACCAGAUGAAAAUAAUAAUGUUCAGAUGAAUGAGAGUUCUGAUAACAAUCAUGGCAUGUCACGUGCAAAGAAGAAAUACACAUUUGAGAAAGAAGUUAACGAAAAAAUUGCUGGUACUAAACAUUCACUUGAUACAACUGAUCCAAGAGAAGCAAUCAGAGUGUUAAAUACUGGUGAAACCAAGAGAAUCGAACCCAAGAAAAGAGAGAUACCUAUCACUGUGAAAUUAAACAAAAGAUCGCAAUACAAGUCACCAUAUGUUACAAGAAGUGGUAGAACAGUUAUAAACCCCAAAAGGUAUUUACAUGCGGUUGUCAACAAAAUCGACUAUAAUGAUCCGGGAUGGAUAAAGUCAAUGAAUGCUGAACUAGAGAAAUUUAGAUCAAAAGAUGUUUACGAAGAAGUUCCAAUUCCCACCGGUGUGAAACCUAUAUCUAUGGGUUGGGUACAUACUGAGAAAAUAGAUUCCCUCAAAGGUGUUGUUCGGAAAUCACGUUGUGUUGUCCAUGGCAACAGACAAAAGGAAAAAUUGGAUUAUGACCCUUUUAGUGUUAGUUCACCUGUUAUAGAUCUUGUGACUAUAAGAUUAUUGACAAUAAUAGGUUGUGAAUUAGGGAUGACGAUUCAACAUUUAGACGUCGAGUCGGCGUAUCUAAAUGCCUCUAUUACUCAUUCAAAUCCAAUUUAUGUCUUUCCUCCUAAAUCAGUACCUUUGAAGAGAAAUCAUUGUUGGUUAUUGAAACGUUCUGUCUAUGGGUUAAAACAGUCUGGUUUUGAAUGGUAUCACACUAUCAAAAGAGUAUUGGAAGACAUUGGUUUUAAUCAAGUUUUACACAAUGAUGGUUUAUUUCACAUUGAAUAUGAAGAUGGAUCAGUAAUAUAUUUAGGUUUAUAUGUUGAUGAUAUUCUUAUGGUUGGAAGUUCACAAAAAGUUAUUGAUAAUUUUGUGGAUCAAUUGAGAGAUCAUUUUGAAGUUAAAGUGUUUGGUGAAAUAUCAAAUUAUCUUGGUAUUGAAUUUCGUAAAACCGAAUCUGGUUAUAUUUUAUCUCAAGAAAAAUUUCUCAAGAAAUUACUUAAGGAUUUCAAACUAGAUGACUCAUAUGGGAAAAACAUACCCUGGAUUCCGAAUGACAAAUAUGAAAAGGUUGCAAUAAUUCGUGAGAACGUUAAUCCAGAGAAUGAUUUUGAAAAGGUUCCGAAUGAGACAUUGCUUGACCCUGAUGCUAAAAAACUAUAUCAAAGUGGUGUUGGCCUGCUUUUAUGGGCAGCCACAAACACACGUCCAGAUAUAUCGGUCGUAGUGAAUUCGUUGGGUUCUAAAUCUGCAAAUCCAAAUGUCCAUGAUUAUGAGAAAUUGAUUUAUUGUCUUAGGUACAUCAAAAAUAGCAUGGGAUAUCACAUUGAGUAUAAAAGAAACAGAUUGAAUAUACCACCAAAAUCAUUUGUUAUCGAAUGUUUCAGUGAUGCGUCAUUUGCACCAGGAUUGGAUAGAAAAUCUAUUAGUGGAACUUUGAUUUAUGUGAAUGGAAAUUUGGUGCAAUGGGCGACCAAAAAACAAACGGUCAUAGCACAAAGCUCAGCAGCUUGUGAAAUGUUGGCUCUAAAUUAUACAAUGUUGAAAGCUAUCGAAAUAAAAAACAAUUUAAUGGAUUUGGGUUUUGAAGUAGGUAAGAUACAUUGUCAUCAAGACAACCAAGCUGUGAUUAAAGUUUUGAGAAAUAACUAUUGUCACCCACAUCGACCAAUAGAUAUCUGCUAUAAGUUUCUACGCCAAUUGAUCAAUGAUAAAGUAUUUUCAAUAUCCUAUGUGAAGACAAAUGAUAAUUACGCCGAUUGUAUGACUAAGUGUCUAAGUCGUGCUAAAUUCAAAGCAUUCGUUGAGGGUAUGAUAAAACGGUUAGACCUAGAAGAUAAUCAAACACUGAUACAAAAUGCAAUAACGGCAGAAUAA